AUGGAAGCCUUGGUCUGCGCCUUCUCUGAGUGACAUGUGAGAGAGGAUGCAGUGAGCUGGGCCCGAGGACGCUCCAGCCACCCCGAUACGACCCCCAACAUCUACGAGGGGGGUCUGGGGGCCCAGCAGCAGCACUGCCUCGGUGCCCAGGGGAGCAAGCCCAAGAACUUCCGGUUGCGCCACCUUCGGGACCUGGCGCUCUACCUGCCGGCCCACACGCAGCCCGCCGGCCAGUGUGAGAGUCACUGGCUGAGCCGGCUUCUGGCUGGGGGCUGCUUCUCACGACCCGAGGGCAUGGCCUGGCCCCAAGACUGGCCACAGGGGGCUCUGAGUCUAGGUAACAGCCACCGCCAAGCCCUUCUGGAAGCCCGGCUGCCCAGGGAUAGCCUGGGAAAUACAGCCUCCAGCUCCAGCAUGGACCCAGCCAAGGGUGUCCCCACCCAGUCUGGUCCCCCUGAGGGCUUGGGGCUCAGGCCCAAGAGGUCCUGGGGAACCUUGGAGGAGUCCAUGCGUCCCUUGUGCAAGAGAACCCGCUCUGGAGCCCUGGAGAGGCCGUAG